GCCGGGCCGGGCCUGGCCGGGCCGGGGGCGCGGGAGCGGAGGCGGCGGCGGGGCGGGGCGGGGCGCGGCGGGCUGUGCCUGUCCCUGUCCCCGCGCGGUCCCCGCCCCGCGCGCUGCUGCGGACGCGCGGUGCGGGCCGGGCCGCGAUGUGAGGCCCGGGCGGCGCCACGGUACUGGGGACGGUGGUCACAGAGCCAGGCAGGUGCCGCCCCACCAGCCCCCGCCUGGACCCGGCCGCGAGAGCUAAAAAUACUUCUCGGAAGCUGCGGAGCGGAAUCUGAUAGCGCAAAGUAGGGCAGGACGCGGAGGCGGCGGCGGAGCGGCCGCAGGCCUCGCCCCGGCUGGUGGACCCCGGUCGCUGCCGGUCGCGGCUCAAAGUUUUGCACUGCAGCAAUCAGUGCUCAGGGGAGAACUAGGCCUGGCUGUGUGGCGGAAUCCGAGCUUGUCUUUUCUUUUUCCGCUACCGCCGGGACCUCGCAUGCUAGGUGCACUCAGAGGCCAGCAUGAAACUGAAGAAGCAGGUGACCGUGUGUGGGGCUGCCAUCUUCUGUGUGGCUGUCUUCUCCCUUUACCUUAUGCUGGACCGAGUGCAGCAUGAUCCUGCCCGACACCAGAGUGGUGGGAACUUCCCCCGGAGCCAAAUUUCUGUGCUGCAGAACCGCAUUGAGCAACUGGAGCAGCUGCUGGAGGAGAACCAUGAGAUCAUCAGCCACAUCAAGGAUUCGGUGCUAGAGCUGACAGCCAAUGCGGACAGCCUACCCGCCCUGCUCCCCUACCACACAGCCAAUGGCUCCUGGGUGGUGCCCCCAGAACCCAGGCCUAGCUUCUUUUCCGUGUCCCCCCAGGACUGCCAGUUUGCUUUGGGAGGCCGGGGCCAGAAGCCAGAGCUUCUGAUGCUGACAGUGUCGGAGGAGUUGCCCUUCGACAACGUGGAGGGUGGUGUGUGGAGACAGGGCUUUGACAUCUCCUACAGCCCACAUGACUGGGACGCCGAGGACCUGCAGGUGUUCGUGGUGCCACACUCUCACAAUGACCCAGGCUGGAUCAAGACCUUCGACAAGUACUACACAGAGCAGACACAGCACAUCCUCAACAGCAUGGUGAUCAAGCUCCAGGAGGACUCCCGCUGGCGCUUCCUCUGGGCAGAAGUCUCCUUCUUUGCCAAGUGGUGGGACAACAUCAGUGCCCAAAAGAAGGCGGCAGUCCGAAGGCUGGUGGGAAAUGGGCAGCUGGAGAUCGCAACGGGAGGCUGGGUGAUGCCAGAUGAGGCCAACUCCCACUACUUCGCGCUGAUUGACCAGCUCAUUGAGGGACACCAGUGGCUGGAGAGAAACCUCGGUGUGACUCCACGCUCUGGCUGGGCAGUGGACCCCUUUGGACACAGCUCCACCAUGCCGUACCUGCUGCGCCGUGCCAACCUGACCAGCAUGCUGAUUCAGAGGGUGCACUAUGCCAUCAAGAAGCACUUUGCUGCCACCCAUAGCCUGGAGUUCAUGUGGAGGCAAACAUGGGACUCAGACUCCAGCACAGACAUCUUCUGCCACAUGAUGCCCUUCUACAGCUAUGAUGUCCCCCAUACCUGUGGCCCUGACCCCAAAAUCUGCUGCCAGUUUGAUUUCAAACGGCUGCCUGGUGGGCGCAUCAACUGCCCUUGGAAGGUGCCACCCCGGGCCAUCACAGAGGCCAACGUGGCAGAGAGGGCGGCCCUGCUUCUGGACCAGUACCGGAAGAAAUCUCGGCUGUUUCGCAGCAAUGUCCUGCUGGUGCCACUGGGCGAUGACUUCCGAUAUGACAAACCUCAGGAGUGGGAUGCCCAGUUCUUCAGCUACCAGCGGAUAUUCGACUUCCUCAACAGCAAGCCUGACCUCCAUGUGCAGGCCCAGUUUGGCACCCUGUCAGACUAUUUUGAUGCUCUGUACAAGAGGACAGGGGUGGAGCCGGGGGCCCGGCCCCCAGGGUUUCCAGUGCUGAGUGGGGAUUUCUUCUCCUACGCGGACCGUGAGGACCACUACUGGACAGGGUACUACACCUCCCGGCCGUUCUACAAGAGCUUGGAUCGAGUCCUGGAAGUCCAUCUGCGUGGGGCAGAGAUGCUGUACAGCUUGGCGGUGGCACACGCCCGUCACUCCGGCCUGGCUGCCCGGUACCCACUGUCCGACUUCACUCUCCUGACGGAGGCCCGACGCACUCUGGGGCUCUUCCAGCACCACGAUGCCAUCACCGGCACUGCCAAGGAGGUCGUAGUGAUGGACUACGGGGUCAGGCUUCUGCGCUCUCUUGUCAGCUUGAAGCAGGUCAUCAUCAAUGCGGCCCACUACCUAGUGCUCAGGGACAAGGGGACCUACCACUUUGAGCCUGGGACACCCUUCCUCCAAGUGGAUGACACCCGCUCCAGUCAUGAUGCCCUGCCGGAACGCACAGUGAUCCAGCUGGAUGCCUCGCCAAGGUUUGUGGUGAUCUUCAACCCACUGGAGCAGGAGCGGCUCAGUGUGGUGUCCCUGCUGGUCAGUUCGCCCCUUGUGCGUGUCCUGUCGGAGGAUGGCCAGCCCCUGGCCGUGCAGAUCAGUGCCCACUGGAGCUCAGCCACCACCAUGGUCCCCAAUGUCUACCAGGUGUCUGUGCCUCUCCGCCUGCCUGCCCUGGGCCUGAGUGUGCUGCAGGUGCAGCAGGGCCUGGACACACACCGCACACUCUCCUCCUCCGUGCGCAUCUACCUGCAUGGACAGAGGCUGUCGGUCAGCAGACAUGAAGCCUUCCCCAUUCGUCUCAUCGACUCGGGUGGCAGUGAUUUUGUCCUCAGUAACCGCUACAUGCAGGUCUGGUUCUCAGGCCUUACCGGGCUCCUCAAGAGCGUCCAAAGGAUGGACGAGGACCAGGAACAGCGAAUAGACAUGGAGCUCCUCGUCUAUGGCACGCGCGCGUCCAAAGACAAGAGCGGUGCCUACCUCUUCCUGCCUGAUGACCAGGCCAAGCCCUACGUCCCGAAGAACCCACCCGUGCUGCGUGUCACUGAGGGCCCUUUCUUCUCAGAGGUGGUCGCCUGCUACGAGCACGUUCAUCAGGUGGUCCGACUGUACAACCUGGAAGGAGUGGAGGGGCUGUCUCUGGACGUGUCAUUCCUGGUGGACAUCCGGGACUAUGUCAACAAGGAGCUGGCCCUGCGCAUCCACACAGACAUUGACAGCCAGGGCACUUUCUUCACAGACCUCAAUGGCUUUCAGGUGCAGCGCCGGCGGUAUCUGAAGAAGCUGCCCCUGCAGGCCAACUUCUACCCCAUGCCGGUCAUGGCCUACAUCCAGGAUGCACAGAGGCGCCUCACGCUGCACACGGCCCAAGCCUUGGGUGUCUCCAGCCUCAGCAAGGGUCAGCUGGAGGUGAUCUUGGACAGGCGGCUGAUGCAGGAUGAUAACCGGGGCCUGGGCCAAGGGCUGAAGGACAACAAGAGAACCUGGAACCGUUUCCGUCUCCUGCUUGAACGGCGAACCACGGGCAGUGAGCCUGGCUUUUUCUCCAAACUGGCAGCCUUGUUUAGGGGCUUGAUCUUUCCCAGCAGCAAGAGCGGUGACCAAAAGGCCCAGGACAGCCACUCCACCAGCUACCCAUCCCUCCUUAGCCACCUGACCUCCAUGCACCUGAAUGCCCCGGUGUUCACCCUGCCUGUCGCCAAGACGCUGUUCCCAGGCCCCAGUCUGCAAACCUUUCAUCCUCUGGCGUCCUCACUGCCCUGUGACUUCCACCUGCUCAACCUCCGCACGCUCCAGGCUGAGGAGGAUAACUUGCUCUCGGCAGAUGCAGCGCUCAUUUUACACCGCAAGGGUUUUGACUGUGGUCUCGAGGCCAAGAACUUGGGGUUCAACUGCACCACAAGCCAAGGCAAGGUAGCCCUGGGAAGCCUUUUCCAUGGCCUGGAUGUGGUGUUCCUGCAGCCGACCUCCUUGACCCUGCUCUACCCGCUGGCCUCACCCUCCAACAGCACGGACCUCUAUCUGGAGCCCAUGGAGAUUGCCACCUUUCGCCUCCGUUUGGGCUAGGGCUUCUUGUGGCCUGAAGACAAGUUCGUCCAUGGAGACUGCCACCCCGGUAUCCCAUUCUGAUCUGCCUCUUGAAACUGUGACAGACUGGGCUCUGCCCUCGCUUUCUGUUCUUUGUUGCUUCUGUGUUUGAGGCAACCCGCACACCCAGCCGUUGGCAGGCAGGGCAGACACGGCGAGGUGUUGUGGAGACGAGGGCCUUGGUCAGGGUGGCUCUGCCUCAGGUCUGCUGCAGCUGUGUGUGGCUGAGCCCCAGCCCAGGCCCCCGCCCCUUUCCCAGGAUGGGAUGUAGGAGGGGAGGUGCAGGGCAGGUGGAGGCUAAGCGGGUAGUGAUCGGCCUAGGUAAUUAUUGGCAAGGGCUGGUCUAGGGGUAGUGAGGCCACCUGUCUUGGUGUGAGGAGCAAGAUGAGAGUGGUUCUGGCGGGAGACAGGGCACUCGUGGUUGACAGUGGGGUUGAGGAGAAGGAAUCCCUGUUUCUCCUAAGAGCCUGAGGGCCUCACUGCUUUCUGUGCAUCUCUGUUGGCAACACUACUGAGCCUGCGUGCCCUGGCUUUCAGGGUGACCAGAAGGACUUGCUAGGCACAUGAACAGAGGUCUUAGGACACUUCAGGUACUAAAACCCUACCUCAGAGUGGCACUGAAUCUGUGUGUUGAUUUGUGGGGUAGGGUAGUGACAGGGACAUGGGAUGAGGGUUUUCUCCCUACUCUGACCCCUCUUUUUCCCUUUAAUUCAUCUUCUAUCCCCAAGAGCUCUUUCUUGUCUGGGGUUUUGGCCCUAAAAUGUUUCCUUUCCUAGGAAAGGAAUCAAGCCUCUCAGACCCCACAGGCCUAGGCAUCUUGGAACGGCCUCUGGCACCUUGCCUGAUGGGCAGCCCUUGGGGCUUUGUCUCAGGCCCAUCCUUGGGCAAAAGUUUUCCAUUCCUGGCAUGGACAAAGGAUCUGGAGGCUGAAUUAGGAGGCAGUAGGGCUGCUCAUGUUUCUUUAUUUUAGCUUCGAUCAAUAGAGAAGAAUUUAUGAGUCUCUUCAGAUGCUGAAAAGAUAUUUGGUACCAUUUAUAAUCUAUUCCUUAUUUAAACUCUUGGUAAGACUAAGAAGAAACAUCCUAACCUAGUACAGAAUGAGUGAGACACCACGGUGUCCCGGGAGAAUCAGGAACCAUUCAGGGGUGUGCUGUUAUGUUCUGGUGUGAAGGCAACACCCACCCCUGCAGUGAGGCAGGUGAGGGGCGAGGGGAGAAUUCCCUUCCAUUAUUUGUAAACAAUAAAGCUGCCUACUGGUAAAAUCUAAGAGAAUCAAGAAGACCUACUAAGAGCUUUCCGUAAGUUCAUGCACUGCUACACGUUCCUGUAAAGAUCUUGGUUCUUCUGACUUCAGCCCAUAAAUUCAAUAUAAUUUCGGCAAGAUGAGAUUCAACUGGUUCUGAAGUUCAUUGGGAAGAGUAAAGGUGGGGGAAACCAAGAGAGUUCUGAGCGGCAACGGAAGGGGUUUGGAGUGGUGCUGAGUGGGUCGAGGCACGUGUCCUAGCAGGUUUCCCAAAGGACUUUCCUGCAAGCAAGGAUUCACUCUGUGACAGACUGUGUAUCAGACAGACCAAAGGGCCGACAUGGAGGGAAGUCCAGGAAAAGAUCCUGGAACAGAAGAAUUUUGUAUAUGAUAAAAAGGAUUUUAAAUGGAGAAAAAGUGGAUUAUUUAAUAAAUAGUACUUUGAGGCAACUAGCUAUUAGAGUUAGAACUCUACCUCAGUUUCCACAAAAAUUAGUUCUCGAGGGAAAAAAAUAAAAUGACAAGAUUGCUCCAGAAAAAAUAUUUUUAUACCUGUAAUGUGGGAAAGUCUUUUCUAAACAUGAAACCUAAGAGAUAUAAGGGAAACGAUAAAAGAUUUUACUACAAAAAAAAAAUACUGAAAACGUUUCAUGCUGUGGGAAGCAUCAAGGUUAGAAAACAGAUGCCAGACAUGGGCAGAAACAUUUCCAGCAUAGAGAAAGUAAGUACCAUUUAGGAGAAGAGCUUGCUGCAGCAUGUCAGGGUCACUAGGGCCUUCCAGGUGGCCAGUGAAGACAGGACAGUAACACAGCUGAGUUCCUGCAGAUCUUACAGAGUCUUUGAAGCCCCAGGAGCUGGAGUCCGCCUGUCUCACAGUGGAGGGAGUAAGGCGGUCAGCCAUAAGUGCUGCGUGUAAGGCCUGGGCCAUAGAAGAGCGACAGAAAUUAAGGCUAUGGCUGGGGACACAGCUCGGUGGCACAAGCGCCUGGCAAGUGCAAGGUCCCGAGUUUGAUUCCCGUACUUAAAAAAAGAAGAAAAAUAUGGUAAAGGAUGCUAAGUAAUCAGAGGAAAUGUUAUUGUAAUCAAAUGAUAGAUGAGAAUGUGUGAACUCUUAAAUUAGCAGAAUAAAGAAUAUUAUCUUUGAAGGUC